AUGAGCAAUCCGACUGAAGGUAACGAGAACCGUAGUGGGGACGGGAAUGCUCACGAUGUGAGCGACUUCCCAAUAACUCAGGUAUCUCAUUGUUCAGCGAAAUUCCUUUGUAGAAUUUGAUCAAUUUCGCAAUGCUAUCAAUUGAAUGAAACAAAUAAUACAUCUUCAGAAAUCAAAGAAGGGUCUUAGAAAAUCAAUACUGAGGCACCAUUUCACAAGAUUUAUAUAAGCCCUACUUCUUUUUGUUUUUUUCAAAAAUUAUAGAUAAAUAAAUGUAAGCUUUAGUAAGCUUCCUUUUUUGGUGUUGUCAAAAAAAUCAAACUAGAAACUUGUUAUCUCAAUGCUGAACACUUAUGAAUUGAGAUAAAAAGGAACCCAGGAAAAACUUUUAUCGAAUAUUUCUUUCAAAAAAAUGUCUGCCAAAAAUUAACAGCCUUGUAAAAUAAUCUAAUAGUGUAGUCCCAUAAAAAAAUAUGAUCCAAAAAAAGGAAAGUAUUGUUAUCACAACUCAGAAAUAAAAACUGCAGAGGGAAGAGCUUCUGUUCGGAGUCCAGCGCUUUCUCAGAGCGUUUUCUCUCAAACUUGAUGAGCUGUCGGCAUUGAUGCUUGAGCUGGACCAGAAAAUGGUCACUACCACGUGUAUGAGAGAACGGAGCAGGUACAAAAGAGUCGAGUCUCACGAUCAUCGCGACUGAUUUUCAGACUCUACACUCAAAGGGAAGAGGUCCGUCUGAAAUGGAUCGACAAGGCUGGUUACUACCAGAGCGUCGCGAAAUUGCUCGAUUGUUGGUUUUCCUUUACUCUACUAUAGUCAAUUUUUCCCGACCAGUGAGGCAAGCGAGGCGGAGAAGUGGGCGGACACGUGGCGUGCACGUUCGAGGUUCUUGGCACGAGCUCAAUUCAACGCCCAGCGACUAUUUGGAGAGCUCGCUUAUCCCUCUUUUCUCAUCUUUUCCAAUUUUUUAUCAGUUUUUUUUCCAUCUGUACAUCGAAAAAAGUAGAAUAGAUACAAAAUAGCGAUGGCCCAGCUUUUCAAACAGUUGGUGGCGCUUGAUUUGAACUCGUGCCAAAAGCCGCGUACGCCCACUCUAUGCGUCCCGCCCACUUCUCCGCCUCCCGCGCCUUUCAGCUCGGAAAGAAUUGGCUAUACCUUUCUUUUGACUGGAGAAAAAAAGCAAAAUCGCCUGCGAAUCUACCUAAUCGUUCUCAAAAAAAUAAUUACCUUCUAAUGAAUGUUACUUGAAAGUUUUCAGAUUUCUGAACAGUUCGGCGUCGUCCACUAUACAUGCAAAUUCGGUGUUUCUGUGCUUUUGGACAAAUCAACAUAAAUUCCGAUUUAUCAAGAUUCAUGCUGCCUUUAUUGAAUAGUUGUCAUUGUAAUUAUACUUAUACUCCAAUUUUUCCGAGUGAUUAUUAUUAUUUUACUGCUUAAUAAUUUUAAUUUUAUUGCUUGACUGAAGGCUUCGUCUUUUUCCAACAUUCCAAUCAUUGUGUUGCAUCUUUUAGAGCGCACAAAGCGCUGUAGAUUACUUUCAUAACCUCAUUUCAUCAAAUUCUUUUUUGAUUUUUUCCACCUUUUUUUUCAGUUAUCCAAUUAUAUUCAAUGCAACCUAAAAUAAAUGUUUGUUCCGAAGACUUUCUCAUUUAUAAAAAGCAUUUAAAAGAUUUGAUUGUUUCGGGGAAGAAUGAAAAAAAACUUUAUAAAACCUUUAUUUAUUUCAUAGAAGCUUCUGUCAAUUGAUUUGAUUUGAUGGGAACUUGACAAAAGGUUGAACAAAUCUUGAAUUUUUUUUGUUUUCUUCUGUUUGAAGUAAACCUGUGACUUUGUUGACAAAAUUGGCACAAAAUUGGCAAACGAUGGAAAACUUGGACAGCGGGAAGAAAUUUUCAUUUACAAUUCGGUCGGACGUCUUCACUGAAUCUGAAAUUCGAUGUCAGUCUCUAUAAAUUCCUUUUAGCGGAAAAAGUUCAAUCGAGUCUUGUUAUAAUUGAGUCGGCCAAAAAAGGUUCCAACUAGACUAAACUAUUUAUUAGAUCAGGAAGGAGCUUAGAGCUUAAGUUUAAAGUUAUACACGAGAGACCUAAAACAAAUUUUUCAUUUGACCCGAACCUUGGGCAAAAAAACCUUUUUUUGGAAAUGAAGUUGAAGACUUGAAGAGCUUCUUUCUCUCUGAAAGAUAAUGAAAAUGGAACUUUCAAGUAUUCACUACUGAUAAUGUGUCUCAAAAUCUGAAUCGGAAUCUUUCACGUAACGGCAAAUGGAUUUUUUCUGAUUUUCUUCAAGCUCAAAGAAGUCGUUCAUCUUUCACUGCAUCUGGAUUUCCAUUCAUCCUCAAGAAAACUGCGUCGACCAACUGUAUUUCUCGGAGGCUUGCUUUUAAUUUCUCGAAAGGUUCAGAUUAAAAUUCCUCAUAGUUCCUUUUUUUCGGAAAUAUAAAGUUUUUAAAUGAUUAUUAUUUAAAAAGUGCUUUUUGAAAAAUUUUUUUCGAAAAACAGGCCCAGCGCUUGUAAACGGCAACUGAAAAAAACUAAACAUUUGCCCCAAUAGCGAUCCCAACGAACCGCAGUUCAAGUUUUCAAGGAGCUUUUGAGCAAAUUUCCCUUCCAAACUGCAAUUUAUACUCUUUAAUAUUCUAUGUAUAUCAUAUGAAAUUAUUUGACUGAAUGAAUUUUAUCACUCCCAUAUUUUGCGUGAAUUGAUUAUUUUAUAGCUCUACGAUUCUUUAGCAGCUAUUUAUCGCAAUAUACUGCCAAAUCUCAACAAAAAUGGGGCUAUGAUCAGAGGUGGAGGAUUGGGAAGGCAGCCCUUGGCUUGGCGGCCAAGCCAAGCGAUUGGGCCAAGCGAUAGAAAUGAUUCAUUGACUUUCUAUUCAAAAAGUCGUUUUUGCUUUUGGGCGUUUAUGGCUUGGCAGGCAGGGCGGCCAGUGGGCAGCCAUCCUCCACCUCUGGUUAUGUUCAAAAAAAAAGGAAAAUCGUCAAAUGGUAUGAAACGAUGUUCUGCUGCUCGAGUGAUAACAGUUGACAAAUUAAAUAGGAUAAUAUUCUAAAAUAUUUGCUUUUCCGUCGUCAUAAAACUUGAUUAAUCGAAAAUUUCAACUGCGAGUUAACCAAAACGGCUACGACUUUUGUUUCCUGACCACGUCUCCGGCUUCCCAAUUUUUGAAUGCAAUAUUUCAAACGACGGUUUGAAAUUUCGCUUACACUUAUUUGGUCAAAAAAAGUUUUUUAAAAUAACUAUCAAAUAAAAAAAUUAUAGCUUUGCAUCGUAUAAUAUUUUUUUCUACGUUUGCUAGAAAAAAAUCGAGAGAGGCCUGGAAAUGGAAAAGUUUGGAAUUUCAAAAUUAGUUAUUUUGACUGCCGUUCUUGAUUAUUCGAUAGUUAUUUUUUUCGAAAAAUAAAAACUCUGAAUUACUUGAAAUAGCAUUUGCAUGCUGCAAAUGUCCUAACAAAGUGAGUAAAAUGCGAAACUGUAAAGCAGGGAGUUUUGUGUCCUUCCGAUGACUGUUCAAAACUUGGAAAUGUCACUUUGAAGAUACAAACAGUUUUUCGCUUCUCCAGAGCUGUAGUUUUGUACAUUCGUCUAGGAUGCUUCUUUUUUCUGUCAUUUUUUUUUUCCUGGCCAGUUUCGAAGCUCUUCCUGUUGCUGAUAACAGUACAAGUAGAAAUGUGAGGAGUAUCGAAGUGGUCCAGAAUUACGACGUCGCGCCGUACAGGCCAACUUAUUCUGGAGCUAAGGUAAGCACAAGGAGUUGAAUUUUUUUAGAGUUAUUCUUCAGGCUCAUGGUUUCGCCCUUCCUGCGCUUCCGCCACCUCCAGCUCAAUUAAAAAGUGAAAUUUUUGAAAUUUUCUCUAGAAAUGUUUUGUUUGAACACGCUGACGUUGAGUGAUAUCUUUCAUCAAAUACAAUUAUUGGUUUUUGGUUCAAAUUGAAUUUCAGAAUGCAACACGGACUGCAUGACUAUUUACGAUUUCAGUGAGUUUUAAAUGUUUUCAAAUAAUGAAAAAAGAAAAAUUGUAACAGCUUUUCAUAUUGAUGAGCUUUUCAGAAUAAUAAUAAUAUAUGUUUCAUUCGAAGAAAAUGUUUUCCGUUGAAAAACCAAAAAAAUAAACAUGCAAGAAAAAAACUGAGUUGAAUAAGAAAAUAACAAAACCCGAUUAUGCAGGACAACUAGAAGAACUCGUUAAUUUCUUGCAGGUCCCAUGGUUUGGAUUGGCUUCAUCCUUCUCAUUGCUGCAUUUCUCGUUGCUUGUAUCAUUUUCGUCAUUGUCAACAUCGCGAGGACCUCUGAAUCGAAGUAA